CAUUUCUGUGUUGUUAUUUAUAUUGUAUACAGAGGAAUGCGCGGGCAUAAUUUAACAUACAAAUAUCCAGCUGUAUACAUUAUAUAACAGCUUGUUAGACAUCCCGGAGUGGAGGUGUGCCUAAGUAAUGCGCAUAUAUUCAGGGCUUGCGGUGGGGAUGGGGGAGAGUUUGAGAGAGGGAAAACACCACCGGGCUUGUGAGCAUCUUGUCUUCCUCCCCCUAAAAGGUGCAUACCCUCAGACAAUAGCUAGCCCUUUUGAUCUUUCCAGAGCCGCGGUGGGAAAGGUGAGGCGUGCAAGUGCGCAUGCCCGGGUAGCUACAGGUGCAUCACCUGCGCUGUCCUUGCUGGUGGUCACUAUAAGAGCGGCUCCCAAGCGCCUGUCGCGGCCGGGAGAGCGCGCGCGCGCGCGCAGACGCACGGCGCCGCGGAGAGAGAGAGCGCGCGCCAGACAGACAGAGACAGCUGAUGCCUGUCAGCGCUGCGGGGCCGGGAGCUCUCGCGAGAGCUCCCCGAACCGGCCGCGAGAAGUGGGGCUCAGGUGUAAGAGGAGUGCAUCCCGUCGGCGCGCGGGGCUAGAGCUGUAGGAGAAGUGGGAUCGCGAGGCCGGUGCGCGGCGCUCUGCACGGUCAAAGGGAGCGCCGGGCGGCAGCGGCGGCAGCAGAGGAGCAGCAGCAGCCCCCGGCGCGGCCGCCGCCUCCGCGCCGCCAGCCGCCGCGGCUGCAGCCUCCGAAGGGAGGCCGGGGGAGCCGGCGUGCGCACUUUCCGGCAGACUUUCGGAGUGUUUGUGGAUUUACAUGCCAAGCCAUCAAGAUGAUGUCUAUGAACAGCAAGCAGCCUCACUUUGCCAUGCAUCCCACCCUCCCUGAGCACAAGUACCCGUCGCUGCACUCCAGCUCUGAGGCCAUCCGGCGGGCCUGCCUACCCACGCCGCCGCUGCAGAGCAACCUCUUCGCCAGCCUAGACGAAACGCUGCUGGCGCGGGCAGAGGCGCUGGCGGCCGUGGACAUCGCCGUGUCCCAGGGCAAGAGCCACCCAUUCAAGCCAGACGCCACGUACCACACGAUGAACAGCGUGCCAUGCACGUCCACGUCCACCGUGCCGCUGGCGCACCACCACCACCACCACCACCACCACCAGGCGCUCGAGCCUGGCGACCUGCUGGACCAUAUUUCGUCGCCCUCGCUCGCGCUCAUGGCCGGCGCGGGUGGUGCGGGCGCGGCGGGCGGCGGCGGCGGCGCCCACGAUGGCCCGGGGGGCGGCGGCGGCCCGGGGGGCGGCGGCGGCCCAGGCGGCGGCGGCCCCGGGGGCGGCGGCGGCGGCGGCGGCCCGGGGGGCGGCGGCGGCGGCCCGGGCGGCGGGCUGCUCGGCGGCUCGGCGCACCCGCAUCCGCACAUGCACGGCCUAGGCCACCUGUCGCACCCGGCGGCGGCGGCCGCCAUGAACAUGCCGUCGGGUCUGCCGCACCCCGGGCUGGUGGCGGCGGCGGCGCACCACGGCGCGGCGGCGGCGGCGGCGGCGGCGGCGGCCGGGCAGGUGGCGGCGGCGUCGGCGGCAGCGGCCGUGGUGGGCGCGGCGGGCCUGGCGUCCAUCUGCGACUCGGACACGGACCCGCGCGAGCUCGAGGCGUUCGCCGAGCGCUUCAAGCAGAGGCGCAUCAAGCUGGGCGUGACGCAGGCCGACGUGGGCUCGGCGCUGGCCAACCUCAAGAUCCCCGGCGUGGGCUCGCUCAGCCAGAGCACCAUCUGCAGGUUCGAGUCGCUCACGCUCUCGCACAACAACAUGAUCGCGCUCAAGCCCAUCCUGCAGGCGUGGCUCGAGGAGGCCGAGGGCGCGCAGCGCGAGAAAAUGAACAAGCCCGAGCUCUUCAACGGCGGCGAGAAGAAGCGCAAGCGGACUUCCAUCGCAGCGCCGGAGAAGCGCUCCCUCGAGGCCUACUUCGCCGUACAACCCCGGCCCUCCUCCGAGAAGAUCGCCGCCAUUGCCGAGAAACUGGACCUCAAAAAGAACGUGGUGCGGGUGUGGUUUUGCAACCAGAGACAGAAGCAGAAGCGGAUGAAAUUCUCCGCCACUUACUGAGGGGGUGGG